GACGUAACAUUGGCUAGCUGGACACUUGAUGUAACAAAGGAGUAUCUGGAGACGAUAUAUAAACAUCACCACUGAAACAGCAAGGCAUCAUAUUCAAAUUGUUUCUCUUCAAGAGGACCAUCCACACAGAGACCAUGUUCUUCAGACUGUGCUUCCUGCUCGUCGCCUUGGCGGCUAGUUCAGUGACAGCUGCGCCUGGAAUUCUAGCAGCCGCCCCCGUGGCUGCAUACGCCGCAGCUCCGGUGGCCUAUGCCCCUGCACCAGCCGUGGUAACCGCCCAUAGUUCGCAGGUGGUCGCCCAGCGAUUCAACGCAUUGGCAGCACCGGUGGUUGCAGCUGCAUACUCUGCCCCUGUUUACGCCGCUGCCCCUGCUUAUGCUGCAUACGCGCAUGCACCAGUUCUUCUAAAAACAAAGAGAGAAACCACAAACACGUCAGUUAUGACAACUGGUGUCCUGGACGAGAUUCGAAGCUGGAACUCUCCAUCACGAGGUGUAACAGGAAAUUUCUCCCCUCCCUGGAGUUCUCUUUGGGCACAUCCCAAAGAACACCCCUACAUUUUUCACGAGUAUAUAACACUCUCUCGUAUCUGUAAGCGGCACACACACUUUCUGAUCCCACACACAGAGAGCCAACACGUCAAAAUAACCAUGUACUGCUUCAGCAUGAUCUCAGUCCUGGUCGUAGUGCUUGCGUUGAACGCCCAGAGCACUCAGAGCGCACCGGGCGUCGCUGCACCCGUAGCAUACGCAGCUUCCCCAGCUGCUUUAGCAGCGUAUGCACGUGCAGUGCCAUAUAAUAUACCGCCUUUCGCAGCUGCUGUGAACGUACAGACCAGAGCCCUGGCUGCGCCACUGCUUGCCCCUACGGCUUAUGCAGCUGCACCUGCAGCCUACGCAGCUUACGCGCCUGCGGCUUACGCAGCAGCACCUGCAGCUUACGCGCCUGCAGCUUACGCAGCUGCACCUGGAGGAAUCGCACCUGCGUACUCUGUUCAUCCCCCUUCAGCUCUGGCGGCUAGAGUAGCUGCAAUUCCAGCCAUCGUGUAAAAGCUGACCCCCACCAGGACUGCUCACCCCCUCGAAACAACCACCAGACGUUGGCACGAAUUAAGUGUUUUUCAUACACGGAAAUAAAACAUUAUUACUGUUGUUACAAG